GUGAGGACGCACCCUUUCUGCUCUGUUCCCGCCGUGUCUAGUGCUGGUGUUGUUUCGCCGUGCCGUCGCUUUUUGGUCUUCUUUUUUUUAGUUAGCUGCCCCGCGGAUUUACUCCAUCGUUUUUGUGCUUGUGCUGGGGAUAUUCUAAAAGAAGAAGGAGAAGUGCCCUCGGAUGAUGAUGGAUGGGAAGAGUGCGACGGUGGAAGCGUUCGUUGGUUCUUAGUUUUUUUGUUGAUGGAAGUGUGGAGGUCUUUGAUCGGAGAAGGAGGAAGUUAGUUGUUGGAAGAAAGUAGUGAAAAAGGCAAUCCUAUCAGGCAGUCGAAAAAAAGAGAAAAGUGGAGAAACCCGAAAAGUAGUGAAAGAUUGUGUGGUUUUUAUUUGAUUUUCUGUGGUUGCGAGAGAUCACUGGGUGGAACGAGCGCGAGAGCGAGAAAGUGCAGAGUGCAAAUGCAGUUAGUGCAGCAGUACUACCAUCAGCAGCAGCAGCAGGGUGUGUGCGUAUGUGCCACUUCUAGUGGAAGAAGAUAAGAUCAUGUUUCUGGGCACGGCGACCGUUUUGUCGCCGCCGAUGAAAACAAAGGAAUCUACUAGCAAUAGCAACAACGACGACGGCAACGAAUAUGAACGGGGAAUUGUUUUUGUUGUUGGAGAAGGCCACCGUUGGGAUUCGAUGGGUUCGGGAAUGGCCGGUGGCUCCGAGGCUGACCCUGAAGCAUCGUCGUCGUCGUCGUCGUCAUCAUCAUCAGUAGCAUCGGAUGAUGAGCCCCCAGCAGGAGCCGUAGUACUAAUAGGCCAGUGCAGUUUGGCGACAGAACGACGGCAAGGGCCAUUAGCAGAAGCUGAACAUCGUCCCAGUCCCAAUAGGCCACGCAGCCGAUGGCGACCGAGUGGUGGCAAUGUUUGGGGCUCGCUGCUUCAUGUGUUAGUGUUUACAGUAGUAUUUAUUGAUCUAUUUAAUUCGAGUGCAUCGUCAUCGAUUCUUCGUGCGAGCAGUUUGGAUCUAGAAUCGGCAGUGGCAGCAGCAGUAGCAGAGGAUGCAAAGCCGGAGAUUUAUGGAAGAGCUGGUGACAAUCAACUGCAUCCAUCCAAAGAGUUCUCGCGUUACAGCAGAAUCCAACCGCGACUGGUCCACGGUCGCCACAAACGUUCACUAGCGAGCACCCGUGAAGAGAAUGGUCUUCACGCGUCGCACCUAACGCUAACCUAUAGGUUAAGUCAAGAAGAUGUGAUAUUAGAUUUACAAUUGAACGAACAACUGGUCCCGCGGGGGCACUUUCUCAGCUAUCAGCUCCCGAACGGAACCGGUAAGGCCGUCGAGCGGUACAACCGAACGGAGCAGGUGGAACUAUGCCAAUAUAGGGGUAAAAUACGGGAUAAGCCGGAGUCUAGCGUAGCGCUUUCAACCUGCCAUGGUGUUCGAGGGGUCGUCUUCGACGGUCACGAGACCUACUACAUUGAAAGCGACGUCCCGAUUGGGGAUACCGGAAAUGUCCUCAACAGGAUAGACCUAGCCGAUCAUUACAUCUAUCGGCACUCGGAUCUGUUGACGCAUGGGAAAUGUGGAUACGAGGGAGGCGUCAACUCCACUCACGAUGCGGAACUAUACCGGGAAUCGGAGUUUCAGCGGUUGUCGAGGCACAAACGGGCGGCCCCCAAAUCAUCAUCGUCAUCGCCGAUCCGCGGCCCGUACAACGCCAACAAACACUCCAGCUACGUCGAGCUGGUGAUCGUCAUCGACAACAAGAUGUUCAAAAGCAUGAAGGAGAACUUCAAGGUCGUCCAGCAGUACUGCAAGGAUAUCACCAACAUCAUCAACGCCCUGUACGAACCGCUGAACAUCUUCAUCGGGUUGGUCGGGGUGGUCAUCUGGAACGAAGCGAACGAGAUCGAACUGUCCAGCGAUGGGGAGAUCACGCUGAAGAACUUCCUGCACUACCGGAAGAAGGUGCUGUUCAAGGAUCACCCGAACGACAAUGCGCAGCUGUUCACGAAGGAGCACUUCGAGGGUGGCGUCGUGGGCAAGGCGCUGAAGGGUCCAAUCUGUACGUACGAGUUCAGCGGUGGAGUCGAGAUGUACCACAGCGAAGUGAUCGGAGUGCAAGCUACGACGGUGGCGCAUGAAAUGGGCCAUAACUUCGGAAUGGAGCACGAUACGCCGGAUUGCCACUGCGAGGACGAGCGGUGCAUCAUGUCCGCUUCGAGUUCGUCGAUCGCUCCGAAGCACUGGAGCAGCUGCAGUAUCGACCAACUGAAUUUGGCGUUCCACCAUGGGAUGAACUACUGUUUGAAGAACAAACCGACGCAGCUGUUCGAUUCGCCGGUUUGCGGCAAUGGAUUUGUCGAGCACGGUGAGCAGUGCGAUUGUGGUCUGCCGGAUCACUGUAUGAACUCGUGCUGCAAUCCGCGGACGUGUAUGCUGCAUUCGAAUGCUUCCUGUGCGACCGGGGAGUGCUGUGAUUUGGAUACUUGCAAACCGAAGCCCGGUGGAACGGUUUGCCGCGAGGCGGAAGGAGAGUGCGAUUUGCCGGAGUACUGCUCCGGGGAGUCGGAGUACUGCCCGAAUGAUGUGUUCAAAAGGGAUACGGAUGUAUGCGACGAGGGAAAGGCUUUUUGCUACAAGGGAUCGUGCAGGUCGCAGAACGAUCAGUGCCGAUUGCUGUGGGGUCCUACGGGCAGGUCGUCGAAUCAAUGCUACAAGAAGAAUGAGGAGGGAACGCGGCACGGGAACUGCGGAUACAAUCGAGUGAAGAAUGAGUACAUCAAGUGCGACGAAGGGGACGUGUACUGCGGGAUGUUGCACUGUCGGCAUCUGAACGAGAGGUUGGAGUUUGGGAUGGAGUCGGUGGCGAUUCUGUCGCACAGCUUCAUGACGUACAACGGGAGUGUGAUACCGUGCAGGUCGGCGAUCGUGGAUUUGGGACUGCAGAAGGUGGAUCCGGGAUUGGCGCCGGACGGGGCCAAGUGUGGCGAGGGGAAGAUGUGUCUGAACCAGUUGUGUACGGCCGUGGAGAGUCUCCGGGCGCAGGGAAGUGGAGUGCAGUGUCCGGAGGAUUGCAAUGAAAAUGGAAUUUGCAAUAGCGAAGGGCACUGCCAUUGCAACAAAGGGUUUGCUCCGCCGCUGUGCAAUAGCCCCGGGAAUGGAGGAUCGGAGGACAGCGGGCCGGCUACGGAUCCAAACUCCGGCAGCGGUUUCACCCGGUUCCUGUACAUCUUCUUCUGCGGCGUGGUGCCGACCUGUGCCAUCUUCGCGUUCGUCGUGUACUACCUGCGGCAGGAUCAUGGCGCCGGGCCCAAGAAGCACCGCAGCAAACCACCGUCCGUAUCUACGAGCAACAUGAAGACCGAUUCGUCACGAAGUACGGGAUCGACGCACACGAUGGUUCCGUCGUCGCCCAACUCUCCGGACGAUAUGAACUCGGCACUGCUGAGGCCAUCGAGCGAGGUGGACUUCAUCAGCAAUAACAACAUGUUUGGUAAAUUCAAAGGCUUCACCCUGAAACCCCUUCCCGAGCUGGGUGCCGUUCUCAAGUCUCCCAAUGUAGCAUUUGUCCACCCGGUGUCCAAGUACAGCGAGGACGCCAGUAGUACCGUUCCCAGUCGGCCAGCACCCCCUGCUCCAAAGCUUAAGCCUGCUGUCCCCGCGCAUACCGUUCAGAUCGGUAACAGUACCUACAAUAAACCGGCAGGUAUCCACCAGAUCAACGGAUACAAGCUGGCCAACCACGAGCAUCAGAUGGAGAGCGCACCGGCGCUGCCUCCGUUGAACCCCGGAUCAACAGCACGGCCUAUCAUAUCCAGCCCAAUUUUGGAAUCCUCUACUAAUACUUCAAGGGAGGUGAACUCCGGAACGACCAAGCUCCCGAUCCGACCUGCUCCGGUUCUACCACCUGUGCACACCAAUCCAGCGGGAUCCCAGGAGAACAUCGUUCCGGAGGUCCUCAUCAACCCGACCAGUAAGGAAAAGAAACCCAAAGAAGGCAAGCUAAAUCGCAUCACAUCCUACCUGAAGAAGGACGAAAAGGCGCCCAAGGCCGAACCCAAAAACAUCAAGAUCGUCGAUAAGGAGAAACUCAAAAACCUGCAAAUCUCCGCUCCGAUACCGAUAUCUUCGGAUCUAGCGCAAAGUAUGCCCAAGUUGAACGAAACCGAGUCGGCAAUGGCGGUUGAGACAAGCGCAGUAAGCGUCCAGCGUGCGAAGAGCAUGCGGGACCCGGAGGCUAACGGAAAGCGAGUUCCCGGAGAUGGCCAAGCUGCUUCGGAAUCACCACGGAAGCCGUCGACUCUGAAACGUCCCCAGAGCAUGGUUGGUUCCCGCCCUACGAUGCCUCCUCCACGACCUCCGGUACCGCCAGCUCCCGCGAUCACCGGUAUGAAGAUCCCGGGUGUUCCCGGCUACCAGAAUCCACCGCCACCAAAGUCCGUCACCAUCGUAACUCCCCGGAACGAAUACGAUGACUGUCAUGACGUGGAAGACUCGACGGCCACGACUACGACUUCUGCACUAGGCCAUGACAACAUCUACUCGGUGAUCGACGAGUCCCCGUCACCUCCGAGCAUCCUUUCACCGCAGGCAACUCUCUCGUCCGGAAGUUCCGACGGCAUGGGUCUCCUGGGGGAGAUUGUCAACGAAAUCGAGAGUCGCGGAAGCGACUCAGUGUACAUAGCUACGACGCUCAAAAGGGACGGAGGAGGUAUCCGGAAGUAUUCCCAGGCUCCCAAGGCCGAGGAGGAGGACGAAGACGACGAACCGACGUACGUCAAUACUUCGGAGAUUCAGGACGACGAUGAUCCGACGGAAGACGAAGAGCCGUAUCCCGCCAAUCUCAAGUCCAGCGCCAGUACCACGUCCAGCGGCUACCUGCGACCGUCGGCGAUCAACGCCCCGAUCGCCCGGGUGGCUCCCUCGAAGCCAGAAAGUGUUUCAUCUAAUUUAAGUAGUUUUAGAAAUGGCGGCGGAAACGUCCUUAGCACGCUGCAGUUCGAAGGUCCGACCACCGAGUCCAGCAAGCCACGAGCGGCAGCGGCGGUGGCCAAGAAAUCCACGGCCCCAGCUCCCUACAAGCCUUAUCACAGUACGGUGGCCAACAGCCGACCGGCAUCGGUCGUAACGGCCACCAAGUCCAAAAUCAACCAGGACAAGCAGCUGGCCAAUGGUGCGGCACCGAAACUAAGUCGAAACCCGACGCCACCUAAUCUCACCACAAAUGGCCGGAAACCGCUCGGCAAUAGCGUCCGGACGCGAAGUCCCUCGCCGAAAGGUCGAAUCGCGAAUGGCGGCGUGACAGCGGCCAAGGCGGCAGCUCCGCAGAAACCCAAAACUCCGGCCAAACCGGACAGCGUAGUCAAACCGAAGAUCUCGUCGUUGACCGCCAACAGCAAGAUCCUGACGGCUGCUGCCCGGCCCGCACCGGGCAAGGCGUCCAACGUGGCAUCACUGCAGCAGAAAUUCGAAACGAAAAAAUAGGUCACAACAGCUGGCGCCAUCUCUACUUAGAAUCACCGUACUAAUUCGCAAAACCAAUAGAAGGAGCCCGAGAUCAAUCAUUCAUAUUAUGUUAAUGUGAAGGAAAAAUGGGAAACCUCCCGCUUCGUUCCGUUUUUACGACACAGAAGAAGAAGAAGAAACAAUCAAUCUGUAUAAUAGUAGAACCGGGGUUUUUUGAAUGCUUAAGAUUUUAUACCGAAACCAAUCGCGCGCAAUAGAUCGUUUUUGUUUUCUUUUAAAUAAUAAACUAGUAUCAAAGAUUAUAAUACAAGUGUUGUGAAAAGGGCUUGAUCUCCUCCCCACUCGAUUUGAGCGCUUAUUGUUUCUUGAGCUUUCCCCCCUACCCUCGCCCUGCUGUUUAGAUAAAAUCGCGUAAAAUUUAGAAUCUAUCGAAACUCCUUAUCGAACCAAUAUGUUUGUUUGUAAAUAGCAACCAAAGAAAAUGAAAAGAAAAACCCGAAGAAAGAAGAUGAGGAAGAAGCACAUAAGCAUGGGAAAGGAACGAGAGAGAGAGAGAUAGAAUGGAAAGUGUUUAUCAAAAAAGCAAGAAACCGCAACUAAGUAAUCGAAUUUCAGUAGCCGUACGUAAAUGUUUAAGAGACAGAAAUUAAAAAAAAAACUGAGGAAAACGAAUCAAAAAAUGGAGAAAAUUGAUCAGAAACGAUUUGUGGUACCGAGUAUAAGAUUAUUAUUGUAGGAUUUGAAAAUUUUGCUGUAUGGUUAUCGAGCGAUGCGAGCAGGAUGUUAGAAAAGGGAAGUAAGAACAACAACAUACUAUUUGUGUAAAGUAACUGCUUUUUAUAGGUGAACAACAGAAAAUUGUAAGAAGGAAAAAUCGAAUAAAAACUUUUAUAAUAUCGA